AUGUCAUCAUUUACUAUUGAAAAUAUCUAUGGUAUUGGAUCGUUUCGUUUAUGUACGAGUUUUCCAUCAUCAAUAAAAUCAAAUGAAACAUCUGAUUCUUAUACAUACGAAUCUGUAUUAAAUGGUUGUAUUCAAAUAUAUAAUUAUUCAACGAAUGAACGUAUUUUUUUUGAACAUGUCUACGAUGAUAUUAUUGUUGUUAUGCUUUAUAAUGAGUAUAUAAAUGAAAUUUUAACGUGUUCUUAUUCGGGUAAAAUUAUUCUUUGGUCAAAUAAUUAUCAAAAACGUUUUAUUGAACAACAAACACGAAUUGAUCAUGUUCAUUAUGGUUGUUGGACACAAGAUGGGUCAACAAUUUAUCUUUGUUCAAGAUUUGAUGGUACACUCAUUUCACUGACAUAUGAUUCUCAUCAUCAUUCAUUAACUGAAAAUUGGCUUCGACAUUGGGCUACACCAAGAAAUGAUUUAGAAAAAAUUCAUCCAGCUAUAGAAAAUUCUAUAUCUCCAAUAAAUAUAGCUGAAAAAAUUGAAACAUCAAGUACAUAUGUUGCUGGUUCAAUCGGUUAUGAAUUUGUUAUCUGUACAGCUAUACGCCGUCAUUUAUUUGCAAUGCUUCAACGACCACAUGAACAUGUUCAUAUACAUCAACUUAAUUUACAUGAUGGUCAUUUAAUUGAUGAUCUCAAAUUAGAUCAUGCAAGAACAAAUCAAACAUUUCUAUGUGGUACAGUUAAAACAUAUCAUGAUAAAAAUACUGGCAAAGAAUAUUUUGCUAUUGGACUUCAAGCUGGUUUAAUUUUUAUUAUUGAUACAGAUCCAUUACAAAUUCAUUCAAUAAUAAAUGCUACUGGAACUCCACAAGCAAUUAUCUGGUGGAAUUCUUAUUUAUUAACUAUUGGUUAUAUAUCAUCAAUAAUAAAUGUUUACUCAUUAGAUGGUUCAUUCAUUGCUUCGUGUAAUGAUGCACCAGCAACGGCUGUUUGUCAUUUACAAUGGAAUUCCGAUGAACAAGAUCUAUUAUGGAUAGGUGGUUAUAUGGGCUUGACACUUGUACGUCUUGAAUUAUGUCUUAGUCGUCCACCGUCACCAGAUGGAAGAGUUAUGUUUACAAUAUUGAAUACAAGCGUUGAUGAAACAUUAUCAUCGAUAUCUUUAACAACAUUAUUACAUCGAACAUUACAUGAAACAGCUGGUUGUGGUUUAUAUACAGAAAAUAAUGAAAUUUUAUCUGGUGAUUUAUCAGGAAAUAUAUUUCAAUGGACAAUUAAUGAUGCAAAACCAAAACAACAUAUUCAUAUUCCUGAUAGUGUUCGAUGUUUUAUCUCAAAAAAUCUUGUUGGAACAUUAUCUGGUGCACUUUAUAAUAUCGAUAAUCAAGAAAUAAUCGAAGAUUUUAAAACUACAAUUAUAUGUUCAGUAUGGAAUACAAAUAAAACAUCUUGUUUAGUUGGUCUUGGUAAUGGAACAUUAAUAAAUUUACAAACAAAAAAAAUUAUUGGUUUACACGAAAAUAAUGCAGAAAUAUGGAGUGUUUGUUUAAGUCCAAAUGAAGAAUUAUGUGCAACGGCUUCAGAAGAUCAAACAACAUGUAUAUGGAAAGUUGACCAAGAACAAGAACUAAUUGCUAGACUUACAGGACAUACAACAGCAGUUACAGGUGUUCAAUGGAAAUCUGAACGAAUUUAUACAUGUGCUGAUGAUCGAACCGUACGAGUAUAUAAUACUCAAUCAAAUCUAUACAAUUGUUUAUAUGUACUUCAUACACCAAAAUCUUUAUUUGGAUGGUUUACAUUAACAUAUUUACAAGUUGAUGAAGAGCAAAAAUUAAUUAUUUGUACAACACAAAAUGGUUAUUUAGUUAUAUGGCGUGAUGAAGAAAAUAGUUUACCAAUUCUUUGUAAAAAAAUUCAUUUUGGAAGUUUAGAAGGUUUAUCAUAUGAUAAAGAUAUUCAUCGUAUAGUUACGAUUAGUAGUGAUUGUACUGUAACAUCACUUCGUUUACAUAUUGCUUAA